CGGACGGGAAAGUUAAAACAACGAAGAAAGAGAGAAGUUUUGUAACUUCGGAUCACCAAUCGGUUGAACAAAGUGGCAGACGCUUGCGUCUCAUGACAAGGAAAGGACCUCCGAGUGUACCGUGCUGCGUCAUCGUAGAAUGGACACACAAGGGGGAAUGUCCCGUAACACUGGACCUGGUUUGUAUGAAUUCCUUAUGGAAGCAGAACUGCAACAGUAUUAUCCUGGAAUUCGAGGGGACUUGAAAGUACAGACAACUGCUCAAUUGAAAUAUGUAACAGAAGAUGAUUUGAAUGCGAUUGGAAUGAGCAAACCAGAAAUGCGUCGUUUAAAAAAAUAUUUUCAAAAACAUUUUCCACAAAAUUAUUUAUCUAAAUUUAAAAAGAUGUUACUACCAAAACGGGAAGAACCAACUACAGGUGCUUUAACUAUGUUGCCAGAAGAAAGGCAAGAUAGACCACCGAUUCGUGUUCCUAAUAAACAUAUGAUACCAGCAGAUGCAAUUAUUGUGAACAAAGAAUUAGGAACAGGAGAAUUUGGAGUUGUUCAACAAGGUGUUUGGACAAAUGAUGGUGAAAGAAUACAAGUAGCAAUUAAGUGUUUAUCACGAGAAAGAAUGCAGAAUAAUCCGAUAGAGUUUUUAAAAGAAGCAGCCAUAAUGUAUGCAAUAGAUCAUGAACAUAUUGUAAGAUUAUAUGGUGUAGUUCUAGAUACAAAUUCUUUGAUGCUUGUCACAGAAUUAGCACCUCUGAGAUCAUUAUUAGAAUGUUUAAAAGAACCGAGUUUACGUAGCAGUUUUCCUGUACUUUCAUUAUGUGAUUUUUCUGUACAAAUCGCAGAUGGAAUGCAAUAUUUAGAGGCAAAGCGAUUAAUACACAGAGAUCUUGCUGCUCGGAAUAUUUUAGUAUUUUCUAAAAACAAAGUCAAAAUAUCUGAUUUUGGAUUAUCUCGUGCUUUAGGAGUUGGAAAAGAUUAUUAUCAAACGAAUUUCAAUGUAAAUUUGAAAUUACCAAUAGCAUGGUGUGCUCCAGAAUGUAUAUCAUAUUUAAAAUUUACUUCUGCUAGUGAUGUAUGGGCCUAUGGAGUAACUUUAUGGGAAAUGUUUAGUUAUGGUUUUCAACCAUGGGCAGCAUUAACAGGUCAUCAAAUUUUAGAAGCAAUAGAUGAUCCUAAUUUUCAAAGAUUAGAACAACCAGAAUGUUGCCCAAAAGAAUAUUUUUCACUCAUGCAACAAUGUUGGCAACAUGAACCAUCUAAACGCCCCAAAUUUUCUGAAUUAAUUAAUCUUUUACCUGAUUUGAAGCCAGAACAAGUUCAAGCUGUUCAAGAUAGCAUGGAAACAAAUCAGCUUAUUUACAGACAAGGAGAUGUUAUUACUGUUCUUGAUAAAGGAAGUAGUAACACAUUAUGGAAAGGUGUUCUAAAUAAUGGAAAAACUGGCUUUUUUAAUCCUGCUCAUACAAUAGCAUAUCUUGGAUCUAAUUUACCAAGUAAUAAACCAGGUGAAUUCACACGUGGUGAUGGCAAAAACACAUUUUCUUCUCAAAGGCGAAAGAUUCGAACGGAUAUGAUUUCAUCUCCACAAGGUGAUUUGAAACACACUGGUCAUGUUGGAUUAGAUGGAGCUUAUUUUGGUGAUAUCGGUUUUCUUGGCGGAAAAUAUUCACAUUUACCACGACAAGUGGUUCCACCAUAUAAACCACAGGAAGAUGUAACAGAUAAUUCUAGUCAAGCUUCGAGCCAGGAAACAAGAAGCGCGGAUACAAAUAGAGAAUUAUUGAGAGAUUAUAGGAAUACACAACAAGAAGUUCAAAAUAAACAUGAAAAUUUGUGGUCAGAUGUAAAUGAAGUGUGCCAUACUGCUAAUUCAAGUAAACAGUCUGUUCCAGUAAAUAUGGCUAGCAAUAAUGAUCUUGGAGCAGAUCAUGAAUAUCAUGAAAUAAGUGAUGAAGAAAAUCAAGAUAGCCCAUUAAGAUUUGAUAAAACAUUAAAUUUUGAUUUUGGUCCAAGUUUAUUGGCUGAAAUGGAUCAGAUGUUUAGAUCACUAGGUUCUUCUCCUCCUCCACCACCUCCAAUUCAUCCUUUAUCAACUGAACACGAAUCAAGUAAUGUUCGAAAUGAAUUGAGAGAAAUACAAGCAAAGCAGAGCAAUAAAAAAAAGCAAGCCACCGUGAGUCCAAUAAAUGUGAAGCCUAUCUCAGCCGCCGAUCAGAAAACUCUCUACUCAGCCAUUGCUAUGGCACAGGAAUUGACAGCACGUUCCAUGACAGACCUUGAACAUCCACCGGAGUCUCCCCGAACACCUGCCAGUCCUUCAAGACGCAGAAAGUUCUCUUUUAAGUUGCCACAUCAACACAGUCCCAAACCAGACAGACGACACUUUUCAGAAGAAGCUGCCAGUAUACCUGACAUACAGGCUACGUUGUCGGAUGAAGCCAAGGAAGUGUACAACAGCCUUGUGGAGACGCCCAGCAUAGAAACUUCCCCGGAUACAAAUCCAUUGCGCAUGCUACGUUCAGGCUUGCCCAUUGUCAGACCCAGAAUUCGUGGAAAUAAACAUGCUACUCUGGGUCAUCCAGUGUCUCAUCAAGAUGACUUGGGUGCCGAUCAUUUUCAUUUUGAUGCCUAUCACAGUGGUUCUAAGACACUGCCAAAAAUAAGAGCGCCGCCACCACCACACGCACCGCCGCCUAUACCUCAUUCCCGUCAUCUAGAGAGACAUCAUUCUACUCAAGAAAUAGAAAACAAUCAAAAUCAGAACAAUGUAGACGAAAAUCCUAUACCGUUGCCACCUAGAGACAGGUCUAAAACGCUACAACCGAAAUCUAGUUUACCUAGGCAUCAGAGGAAACAUCCUUUGAUUAUACCAGGUGGUGGUGUAACUAGAACCUUGGCCAAAAUGGCAGUUACCACACCACCUAUCGAGGAUCAAGUAGAUGGAAGUUUGCAGAGUACGAGUUCUUCCAUAGCCAGCAAUUCAUUACAAGAGGGAUAUUCAUCAGAAAAUUCAGCUAAUAGUCCAGAAGAAUUUGAACAGCGUAUAGAUUCUGAAUUUGCUGCAUUGGACUCGUUAUCAGCAGACGAAAAUAGAUUGCACCGCUUCAGCGUGAUUUCUGAAGACCUACUCGAAUUUUCUGACAAUUUGAUCGAUUGUGAUACGCCAGAUUAUCGACAAAAUAUACAGGAAAUUAGUGAUGUACAAUCUAUUGAUUCCUCAACGGAACGACUCCAGAGAAAAAUCAGCAUUGAGUCAAAGACUUCUCUCAGAAGUAAUACUUCGAAAUAUGUUCAAGAAAAUGAAAUAGGUGAAGCAAGUAGAAACUCUAUUCCAUCAGACACAAAUAAAUCCGAAGAUUCAAUGAUCUCUCUUAAAGGUGAUCUUGCGCCAAGUAAGCUUCAAAUAUGUAAAAGAACAUUAUUAAUUCAAAAACCUUCAAACUACAUGAUGCAGUUCAAUUAUGGAGAAUAUUCAGAAAACAAUUCACAAUCACGAUGUGAUACGAGCAAACAACAGACGGAAAUUUCAAAAGAAUCCUCUAUUACUGAUUCAAAUGAUAGUUUUCAUUCUGCAGGUUUAACAACUAACUACAAUAGAUUGUCUAAUGAAAAAUUAUCUAGACAUACAAGUGAUCUUUCGCGACAAUCUGAUCAUGUCUCUUGUGAGGAUUUAUUGGAAUUCGCUUGUGAUGGGCCAAAUGCAAGAAGAACACGUGGUCCUCGAAAUGGAGAACAGUCUGAUGAGGUUAGAAUCAUGAUGAAAGUAUUGCAUGAACAAUCCACUCCAGAAUCAUGCAUAGCUGCAUUAAAUGUCACUGAUUGGGAUGUAUUGGCAGCAAUUAAGCUAGAACGUCUUCAAGGAUUACUUAAAAAAGAAAAUAACUUCGUUGGUCUAGAAGACUGCAAAGUAAUGUUGAAUCAAUGUGGCGGCGAUGUCGUAAAGGCGGCUGCACUAUUGAGAAAUAUUGAUGACACUGCUGCAGUUUAAUUAACCAUUUUUAUAACAAUUGGCAAAUCUAUAUGGCAUGGAACACUUAGAAGUGUUAAGUUUGAAUAACAUUUUCGAAGUCAAAAUGUUUUUUCCUUUUGUGUCCGCGCGUAGACGAAUUUACGCAACAUUUAUUUAUUAUUUUAGAAUUAGUUAGAGUGAGAUUAUAGUAUUAUAUAACGCAUUGUUGUUGCCUAGGCACUUCGAUAGAGCUUCUGCAGAGGAGUAACGUAUGAUUGCCUAUCUAGAAAUAAAAUAACUAAUUAGUUUUAGAAACAUAUUGAAAAAAAUAUUCAAAGCAAAAUAAAUUUUUUUUUUCAAUAAUUUAAAAUCACAUAUAAAAAUAAAUUAUAAUAGUUCAGAAUAUUAUAUACAGAAUUAUUCAUUUUUCAAUUUUUAAUAUUUAUUAUUCGGAAAAUUUUAUAUGAUGUAAUUAUAUUUGUUUUAAAUAUUUUAACAUUUUUCAAAUUAAGUAUUUUUUUUCUAGUAAGGCAAAUUUACGUAUAUAUGAAAUAACAGUUUUUUAUUUAAUUUUUUCAGUGAGAAAAAGAUAAAAUUACAUUUUUUCCUCUUCCUUUAAUACAAACUUAAUGUGAUAAUUUGCACAAUAAAUCGUUGAUCAAUUUUUUGUGAUCGGAUAAAUCAUACGUAGUAGAAGCAUAACUAAAUAUAUGCGUAUAUAUAUCUUUAGUUAGACAAAUGUUUAAGAAGAAGUAUUAUCAAAAUCUAUAACUAAACAGUAAAUUAAUUCUUGUAUUGCAUAAAUUAUCUCAUUUAUUGUUUGUACAUUUUCAUUUCUUAUUUAAAAAAUUGCAUAAAAAAUUGCAUAUUUUGUAUAAGAUAAUCGUUUAUUAUCAUUUGAUAAGAAAUUUUGUAAGAAAUCUAACUUAUAAAUUGAAUAUUUGGAAAUUAUUUAUUCUCUCCAUAUAUUUUUAUUGUUUAAAACAAAAAAAUAAAAAGGAGAGAAAAAUAUUUUUGUUAUUAAAAACAAGAUUUGAUUCCAAAGAUAAUAUUCGCACGGUAUUAUUAUUUGGGUAUCAUAUGCACUGUAGAUUAAUAUUCAAUCAUAUUCAUUGCAUAUUAAGUUUUUAUAAUUAGUCAUUUCAAGAAAAAGAUAUUUGUUCGUAUCAGUGGUGACUAGUGAAAUAUUAUAUAUUGUUCAAUAGAAGUUCUCUGAAGGCAAUAUGUAUUUGAUUGAUUAUUUGUGAUAAAGCAAAUAUAAAAAUAAAUAUGCAUAUUGGCCAAAAAUUUCUACAAAUGAAACAUACAUCUUGUGAUGGUAAAUAAGGAAACAAAUUCUUGUGCCAUUUCAUAGAACUUCUUAGUGUAAUACUUAUGUAAUACAUCAUUUUGUAUUAAAUUAAAUGCGAGUUUAUCAAUAAGUAUAUUGAUAAAUCUUAAAUACGUCCUGUAUGCGUAAUAAUCGCUGAAAAUCAGCACAAAUGGGAGAGAGAACGAGAGUGAAAGAGAGAUUAAAAAAAACUGCUUGUUAUAAAGAUUUAAUAUUCAGAAUCUUAAAUGGAGAAUUUUUUUAACAAUGCAGAAUUUUUUUUUAUCUCGUACAGGGAUGGGAAUAGGGGAAUGUAUUUUGACCCGGUAAUAGGGUACGAUAAGCACCAAAUAUUACGUACGGAAUCUUUGUGUUCAAUAAGAUUGAUUUUUAUAUUUUGCUAGAGAGAGCUUUCAUGUUAAUUUUAUUAAGUUAUAAGAGAUAUUUAAUUCGAUUUGAUUAGAGAUGAAUAGCAUAAAAAAGGAAAUAUUGUUAAUGAACGUACAUAAAAAUAUGAAUUAAAUUCAUGAUAUAUUUAGUUAACAAUUUGUACAGCGGAAAUUUUUUUAUUAUGAUUUUUACUUAGGUCUCAGGUAAAACAAGUUUCGUUUUUUUUUCAUACAGUAUUUCGAAAGUUUUGCAAACCUUAAUUUGAAUUUCUAUAAUGAUUUGUAACUAUAUAUAAUAAUAUAUAAAUUGGUAUUAGAUUUGGAUUGUAUUAUUUUCGAAAUACUGGAAAUAUUUGGAAAUGUUCAAUAGUUUGACAAGUUGAAUAACAUCCUAAACUGACUUUGGCUAGAGCAAACUGCUUAAUCGAGAUAUAUUUUUUCAUAUAUCUCUUUUGUAUGAAAAUUUUUUCUAUAAAUGCUUUUUUUAGGUAGUUUUGCUAUAGUUCAAGUGAGUUCGAGGAAGAAAUUUGCUCAUUGUAAUUUCGUGUAAUUGACUAAUAAUAUAAUGUUUUAUUAUAAGAAAAGUGUUAAACAAAAAAAAAAAAAUGAAGGGACAAUGUCUUAUAAAAUUAAUUAUGAGCGAUUGAAAGUUUUUGCCGACCGUACUUCUAUCUCUUGACAAAGCCAAAUAGGAGCUUACGAAAAUCGCCUAAAUAAUAUUACUUAGUUUCUUUUUAUAAUAAUAUUGAACAAUAAGGUUUUCGGUUCCUGAAUAAAAAUACGCAUAUCGUAUUGUAUGUAUUUUUUUAUGCUGAAUUUAUAUUUGUUCUAUCAUGUAUUGGCUCUAAGAAUAUAUAUGUAAGGUUAGGAAAUAGUAAUACUAACCUAUUAUGAACUAAAGAAUUGAAAAAAUCAAAGUAUUAGGGCAUUAAUAUUAAGAACGUAGAGAAUAAAAAUACACUGUUCAAAAUAGUCAGAAAAUACUUCUUGAAUAAUAAAAGAGUAUAAACUAACCUCUAAUCUAGAUAAUUACAACUGCAACAGUAUUUAUAUCUUGAGUAAGUUAAUUAACUUUUAUGGUAUUGAAAAAUGAUUAGCUAUUAAAUAAGUGAUAUUUCAAUCAUAUUAUUUAAUUAAAUUGUUUAAUAUCUUAGUGAUUCAUGAAUAGUGACUCAAACAAGAAGUCUUAUCUACUGACUUACCUUGAAUAGUGUGAAGUAUACAAAUGACAAGCGAAAUGAAAAAAUUUUCUUGAGCCAAUACAUAAAUUAAAUGAAGAUCUACAAAACAUAAUAAUGUUCAGUAUAAAGAGAUCAAUUAUUUUUGUGCAGGAACCACAAUAUGGAAUAAUUAGAUUUAGCCAAUUAAUAGUAAAAUAGUAAAUGUAUCAAUAUCAAUUUUUCUGAGCCAGCGUACUUAGUCGAUUCUCGCGAUGAAAACUUAUAUAACAAUUUAAGAAUCAUCGAUAGCAGAGCUUUCGUAGGAUUUUUUUGAACAAAAUGUAUGAUCAUACAUGAGAUCGUUACUGAUAAGAUCUCUAUGCGCUUCCUUCAUAUGGAUAAAUCUAAUAAAUCCGGCGCUCUUGAAUAAAAUAAUUGAAAUUAAAUCUGCCAAAACUCGUAAAAAGGAGAAUCGACGCCUCUUACGGCAAUAAUAGUAAGUUCAUCCUAUAAUCCGUUUUUUUUAAAAGCGAUAUUACUAUGAUAACACAUUUGUACGUCUCUAUAUGGAUUAUUAUUGCGCGGAAACACCGAUGUUUUAUAUCGACUGUAUUUACGAUAAUAUAUAUACACAUUCACAAAUGAAAA